AUGGCAUUCAAGCUCUUCACAAUCACUUGUCUUCUCCUCCCCCUCAUAAACUUAGUUGCUUUGGCCACCUCAAUUGACCGAAAGCCAUCAGCAUUUAAAUUUCUCAUCAAUCUACAAGGCCUGCAAGAGGGUGACAAGGCCCAAGAAAUCCCUCAACUCAGAAAAUAUCUCAAACAUUUUGGCUAUCUAAGCAACACUACUGAAAUCCAAGACACUAAUAAUGUUUUCGACCAAAACAUAGCUUAUGCCAUCAAAACAUAUCAAAACUUCUACAGACUUAAACCCACCGGAACCCUAGACACGGCAACGAUAUCAAUGAUGAUGAGACCACGUUGCGGAGUCAUCGAUAAGAUACAUGCGACUUCAAAUAAUUUCAGUCAUCUUCUCUACUCGUAUUUCGACGACAAGGGAAGAUGGCCAAAAGACAAACGUUCACUAACGUAUGCAUUUCCUUCCGGUACUAAUGAAGCUGUAAAUGCUCCGGUUGCGUUGGCCUUCGAGACAUGGAGGAAAGUCGUUAUGGACUUCACGUUCACAUUGAUCGAUGAUUACGCGAGUGCUGAUCUCAAGUUAAGCUUUCAACGGGGCGAUCAUGGCGACAGGUACCCCUUUGAUGGGCCUAAUGGAAUUCUGGCUCAUUCUUUUGAGCCACCAGUUGGUAUCCUUCACUUUGAUGCAGAUGAGAAUUUUGUGGUGGAUGGAAAUCCCAAUGGGUAUGACUUGGGAAGUGUUGCAUUGCAUGAAAUAGGCCAUCUUUUAGGUCUUUUUCAUAGCACAGAUGAGGAUGCAAUCAUGUAUCCCAUUAUUCCCUAUGGAGAAACCAAGGGCUUGGCACUUGAUGACAUACAGGGGAUUAAGAAUUUGUAUUCUAACUUUUAG